AUGAUAUGGCAUAUUUUUUAUUUUAUCUUAUUAAAUAUUAAUAUUAUCAAGGCAUAUUUUGUUGAUUAUAGUGAAGAAAGAAAUACAUGGCCUAAUGGUGUUAUUCCUUAUGAAAUAAGCAGUGAAUUUGAUACAAAUUUUGUAACAAAUUUUCUUGAUGCUAUAAUUGAAAUUCAAGAAAAUUCAUGUUUAACAUUUAGACCAAAGACAACAGAAGAUGAAUAUUUUAUACGAUUAAAAAAAAGUGAAAAAGCAUGUUGGUCAUUUGUUGGCCUUCAAAGAGAAAUGAUUGAUAAAGGGCAAACAUUAUCACUUAAUAAUAAUUGUUCUUCAACAAAAGGUACAAUUUUACAUUAUCUAUUUCAUGCUAUAGGAUUUUUUCAUGAACAUACACGUUUUGAUAGAGAUAAUUUUAUAACUGUACUUGAAGAAAAUAUUAUAAAAGAUAAAAUUUCAUUUUUUCAUAAACGUUCCCAAGAAAGUGUAGAUUUACUUGGACCAUAUGAUUUUUUUUCAAUAAUGCAUUAUGAUGUAAUGGCUUUUUCUAUAGAACCUGGAGUUAAACGUUCAUUUAAAAUUAAUGUACCAGGUAUUGAUGUUAAUCAAAUUGGUCAAAGAAAAUUUCUAAGUCCAGGAGAUUUGCAUAAAUUAAAUAUUUUAUAUAAAUGUAAAGAUAAAAAAAAAGAGAUCAAUGAAAAAAUUGUUAAACCAGGAGUACCGAUGAAAAAAAUUGGCAGGAGAAUUAAUUUUCUAAAAGAUAAUAAAUGUAGAACUAUUGAAGAAGGUUCUUGUGAAGAUGAUUUAGAAGUAAGUUCAUAUAUUUGA